UGUGACGUCAUAAGGCUGCGCCGCGCUCCAGCGUUUGAUUCGACUGAAGAAAAAGAGAACGUGUCCAGACACACAGAAAACUCCUGGUGAAUCCUACUGUGAUCCACGUGACACACCGUUUUAAAGAUGGUGUUUAUUAAAGAGGGGAGUGAAGGCGUGAAGAUUGAAGAAAAGUUCAGAGUCAAACACGAAGAUACCGGGGAACAAAUAAAGAAUGCAUUAUUUAAAGAGGAGAUUGGAAACAUACGGAUUGAAGAAGUAUUCAGUCUGAAACGUGAAGAUGCUGAGGAACAAACAAAGAUGGUGUUUAUGAAAGAGGAGAUUGGAAACAUACGGAUUGAAGAAGUAUUCAGUCUGAAACGUGAAGAUACGGAGGAACAAACAAAGAUGGUGGUUAUGAAAGAGGAGAUUGGAAACAUACGGAUUGAAGAAGUAUUCAGUCUGAAACGUGAAGAUACUGAGGAACAAACAAAGAUGGUGGUUAUGAAAGAGGAGAGUGGAAACAUACGAAUUGAAGAAGUAUUCAGUCUGAAACAUGAAGAUACUGAGGAACAAACAAAGAUGGUGUUUAGGAAAGAGGAGAUUGGAAACAUACGGAUUGAAGAAGUAUUCAGUCUGAAACAUGAAGAAAUUGAGGAACAAACAGAGUUGAUUGAAGAAAAAGAUAAGAAUGAAGAAUCAAAUGAAGCUGAGGAGAAAAAUCAUGUCAAAAUAGAAGAAAAAUGUCUGAGUUGCUCUCAAACCAAACUGAAAGAUUUAAAGAAAAGAAGAGACACAAAAUGUUUCACCUGCACUCAGUGUGAAAAGAGUUUCACACGCAAAAUAAGUCUUGAGCGUCACAUGAAAGUUCAGUGUGGGAAGAGUUUCACUCAAUCAGCAAGCCUUAAUGAUCACAUGAACAUCCACACUAGAGAGCAGCAGCACCCUUGUGAUCAGUGUGGUAAAAUGUUUUUAUGGGCUCCAGUUCUGAAGAAACACUUAGAAGUUCAUUCAAAAGAGCAGCAACAUUCAUGCAAUUUGUGUGGUAUCAGCUUUGUGCGUCUACAAAAUUGGAAAGAAGGUCAGAAAAACACUUCUGUGGGAGAGUACCUGUGCUUUGAGUGUGAAAAGACUUUUACUUCAGCGAGGUGUACAAAACUGCAUGACAGUAUUCAGAAUGGAGAAAAACCCUUUAAGUGUUCACACUGUAAUAAGAGAUUCAGUCGGUCAGCACAUCUGAAAACACAUGAGAUGAUCCACACUGGAGAAAGACCCUACAAGUGUUCACACUGUGACAAAAGAUUCAGGCGGUCAGCACAUCUGAAAGCACAUGAGAUGAUCCACACUGGAGAAAAACCUUAUAAAUGUGCACAGUGUAAUAAACAAUUCAGUGAUUUAGGGGUUCUUAAAAGCCAUGAGAAAACCCACACUGGAGUUAAACCUUACAAGUGUUCACACUGUGACAAGAGAUUCACUCGGUCAGCACAUCUGAAAUCACAUGAGUUGGUCCACACUGGAGAAAAACCUUACAAUUGUUCAUGCUGUGACAAGAGAUUCAGUCGGUCAGCACAUCUGAGAAUACAUGAGAUAAUCCACACUGGAGAAAAACCUUACAAGUGUUCACUCUGUGACAAACAAUUCAACCAGUCAGCACAUCUGAAAUCACAUGAGUUGGUCCACACUGGAGAAAAAAAUUACAAGUGUUCACACUGUGACAAGAGAUACAGAGAGUCAAGAGACCUGAAAACACAUGAGAGCAUUCACCUUGGAGUGAAACCUUACAAGUGCUCACACUGUGACAAGAGAUUCAGUUGGUUAAAACAUCUGAAAACACAUGAGAGGAUCCACACUGGAGAGAAACCUUUAUCGUGUUCACACUGCAGUAAGAGAUUCAGUGAUUCACGAGACCUAAAAAGACACGAGAGGAUCCACACUGGAGUGAAACCUUACAAGUGCUCACACUGUGACAAAAGAUUCAGUCAGUCAGCACAUCUGAAAAUGCAUGUGAGGAUCCACACUGGAGAGAAACCUUAUUCAUGUUCACACUGCAGUAAGAGAUUCGGUUUUUCAGGAGACCUUCGAAGACAUGAAAGGAUCCACACUGGAGUGAAACCUUAAAAAGUGUUUAGAGUGAAACGAGAGAAUCAGUCGUUCAUCACGUCUGAAAAGACAUUUAAAGGAUUCACAGUGGAGAGAAACCUUAUCACUGCACUGUAUGCAGGAAGGGUAUCAAUCACCUGCUCUACGCAGUCUACAAAAAAAACUCAAAGAUGGAGUUCCUCCCCAAAGGGCAAUGUAUUCUUGUGUAUCAUUUUGCUUUGUGAUGUGAAUGAUAUCAUUGUACUUUUGUACUUACGAAUGUCAUAUAUUGUUCAGAUGUUUUUAUAAUGUAUGUCACUUGCAGUAUUCUUCAUUUUUAAAGAAGGAAAGCAAAAGCUUUUUCCACCUGUUUUUGUUGAGGAAGCUGAAGAAGGGGCUGUAACACUUUUAAGAGAGACUGUUUAAUUGUGUUCUUCAUUGUUAAAAUGACUAGUUAUUUUUGGAUCAUCUCAUAUGU